AACGCGGAAGCAAAGCCUGAGCACAUUCCACGUCACUUGAGGUGGAUUUAGCGAGAGCGAGGCAGCAUUCUGACAUGAGAAUCUAGCGCUUUGACGUGAAACUCGCCGGAUGUGAUGCCACGAGCAUUGCGGCUUCACGCUCAAACUGACAGCGAAGGAAAUCUCAGCGGCUUGUAAACAGAGGUUUCAUCUCAAGGGUGUCUGAUCUGGUGCUCGAUCUUAAUGGGCGAAUCAGGGACACGCCGCUCCACCCUGGUCUCCAGGCUUCCCAUCUUUAGACGUAGUGUGCGAAAGAGGCAGGACUCGCUCCCUUCCUCGCCCUCCUCCGGUGGUGUCGGCAAUGGCGUCCACACUUCCUCUCCCUCCAGCACCAACUCCAGCUCCAGCAGCACGAGCAAGCGCCGCAGCUUCUUCCACACACCGUCCCUCAGCUUCCACUGCAAAAGAAACAGCGACCCGACCCAGCUCAGCCUGGACAAUCGUAGCCAGGGAUCUGAAGCCACCUUUCAAGACAGUUCCAUCUCAAAGACGCGCCAUUCCUUUGGAUUUGGCCGACAUAAAAAGAAGAUCCCCCGAUCUCAGACGGAAGACCUUGAGAAAACGUCCACCAAUCGCAGCAUGUUUAUUAAUUGCAUCAGCUCAGGGACCAAUGAGGGAGAUGAUUCAGGGUUCCUCGAUGAUGUGAGCAGCAAGAGGUCUUCCAAGCAUAAGAAGCAGCUGCUGCCCAAAUCCUUAUCAGCUCACCAACAGUUUUCUAAGAAUUUGUCCAAUGUCCCAGACCAGGGUAAAGAUCAGGAAGCUGCGGAAGAUCCUCCUAAAACUGGUACUCCAGGUUCCUGGCCUGGAGAACUGGUUGAGAGUUCUCUACAGUCGCCCAUGAUCUCAGAAGACCGCACCACGGCAGUAACACCAUCCGAUUUUGUUCACGUUACCGAAGACUCCGUUUCGGAAGUGGAUGCUUUGCCAGCCCCAAGUCCAGCUGCUCCACCAGAAAACUUCAGCCAAGCUGUUUCUACCUCACAGGUGUCUUUCACCCCAGCCCAGGCCAGCACGGAAAAGCACUUACUGCCAGAUACCAGCCACACAGCCAACACACAGUGCGAGAGCACCACUGCCCAUACCGAACCUGUGACGCUGCAAACAGUGAAAGAGCUGAACCUUGACACAAACCCUGACCAGUCAGAGGCCAGUGAGAAUGAGCAAGCUCCACAACUGAGUGAGGACAGCAGCUCCAAUCCAGACGCCCGUGAGAGGCGGUCCAGGAACACCGUGCUCAUCCAGCAGGCAGGAAGAUCAUCAGGCCUGAGCAAACUGGAGACCAGGCCAAGUUACCUGAGAAAGCCGCACACAGUGUCCAUGUGCAGCAGCGUGAGCCCGUACCAUGAGGUGAUGCGCAUGGAGAGACGUCUGCGGUCGGCCUCUGAGGGUGCAGGAGGACCCAGGCUUCACCUCAACCUCAGGGAUCCUCACUGCAUGGAGGGCAACACUUUAUCCAAGCAGAGAACCAGUUCCUCAUCUUCUAAACUGGGCAGCCUGGAUGUUUUGAAUAACCUUGGCUCAUCUGAGUUGGAUGAGGAUGACCUGAUGCUGGAUCUCGACCUUUCGGAUGACCAGCGACCUCACCAUGAUCAGUGGUUCUCAGCCGGUUUUGCUUCAGGACCCAGAUUACACAUUGGACAAGUGGCGACCCAGCAAACCCCACGGGAGGAUUCCAGUCAAUCCCUUGCAUCAUUCCUCAACCUGCUGCCUUCCCCCCUCGAGGCCUCCACCGACCGGACCCCUGGAAGAGAUCCCAAGGAGCCCCCCCUCAGGGAGCAGCGGCCGAUGUCCCUCUGUCUGUCUCGUGAUGAUGAACCUUUGCCCGGGCUGGAAGCACUGCCGUUCAGGCUGAUGCAGCAGGACUGCACAGCGGUAAAGACUCUUCUGCUGCGGCUACGCAGGACCCUGCAGGAGAGUUCCGAGAUCAGUCCUGCCAGCAGCCUGCACUCUCUACCCAUAAGCCCCUGCAGUGAGAAAUCCCUCCCCUUUAAGGAUCCUGUGAGGGAAGAGAACCAGUUCCUGCAGCAGCAGCUGAAGGAGAAAGACGAGCUCAUUGUACGACUUCAGGCUGAGUUGGGAUCCACCCGCAACGCUCUGAAGUCUCUUUGCCAAAAAGCUGACAAAAGCACUCAGACAGAUUUCUUACUCUCAGAGGCAAUCCAUCCGAGUCGACCCACAGGCCAAAACAGCAACAUUCCCAGCAGCAGCCUCACAAGGGAGCGAAGGCCGGCGCGAAUGUCCGCUGCGGACCAGCACAGUCGGCCUUGUGAAGAGAGGGCUUGCAGCAAUGGCGGAGUAGGAUUGAGGGAGUCACUACGGAGAGCUGAAGGUGGGCAGUCCUUGUCUGAGGUAUCCGGACCUCGCAAGACGGAGCACCCGGGGCCCUCUCAGAUCCCUCGCGCCGUGGCCGGCAGCAGUAUGAGCCUCCCCAGCAAGGCCAGUCCCUCACGCAGUCUGUCCUCGGACAGCGAGCGGGGGCCACGGAGCGAGCGAGGCCCUAUUCCCAGGCUUCAGUCCUCCUUUACCGGCCGUCUGGGUCAGCCGCCCCGUGGGCCUCUGUCUUUACACAUGUACAGCCGAAAGAACGUCUUCCUACAGCACUCACUCCAUACAGCCGAACUGCAGGCUCUCGCUCAGCAGGACGGUUGAAAACACACACACCGAACACUGACACAUGCCUCAGAUGGAUACGAGUUCCUCAGUGACCGCGAGUACCUUUAGACCCACGUGUACUCAGUUACAUCAAAGCUAAUUUUCCUCUCAAACCUCAACCGAACUUUAGCCGCACACCGAGACUCUUCUUAUCCUUUGUGGAGUUAAAGUAAUCAUCUGCAGUAUAUUAAGUGUCAAAACCAAUCCGUAGUCUGCACUACUUAAGCCUUUUUGAAGAACUAGUAUAUGCUGCUCCGAUAAGUACUUUAGAUUGACGGUCCAUUAAGGUGAGAGAUUCCCUCGCUACAUUAUCACAUUGUACAGUUCUGCUGAAAUGCUAGAGGAUGUCAACAUUUUGCAUUCCAUUAUAUUAUUAAAAGAAAUUCAGGGUCCAACAUUAACACUUGCCAAGACUCCAAUUUCAAGUAAAAAUAAUUGGUUUGGACAAGUUUAUUUAACCUUUUGCCCAGUACCUCUAUUAGGAACUGUAACAUUGUGGUUUAUAUCUAGUUGUAUGAAUGAUAAUCUGAUCUUCGCUGCUGUAAGAUAUCAAUUAAAUUUUAGACACAAGUGUGUCUUAUUAAAACCAAACGUUUCUUCAGAUCUCAGUUUGGUGACAAAUUACUGUUCAAAUGUUUGGGGUCAGGAAAUUUUUUCUGGUUGCUUGUGUUCACCAAGGCUUUUUAUAUUAUGUAAUAUGAUAAAUAGUAAUAUUUAAAAAAUAUUAUAAUUAAAAAAUCUAUUAUAAAAUUUAAAUGUAAUUUAUUCCUGUGAUGGCAAAACUGAAUUUUCAACAACCAUUGCUCCAAGUUUCGUCACAUAAUCCUUCAAAGAUCAAAAAAGAAAUUCUAAUAUGCUGAUUUGCAGCCCUAUUAACAUUGAGCCUAUUCUUAUUUUCAAGGUUAAAAAUUGUUGUGCUGUCUAAUUUUUUUUUUUUUGGAAACCAUGGUGUUUUUUAUUUUUAUUUUAAUGUAUUUUUUUUUGUUAUGAAUUUAAAUUUAAAUUCAAAAUCCUUUGUAAUAUUAUAAAUGUGCGUGGUGUCACUUUUGAAUAAAUCAACUGAAUGCAUCCUUGCUGAAUAAAAAUAAUCUCUUAAAAAAAACAUAACUGUACUUUCCCCGAACAUUUGAAUGGUACAGUAUAUGUGAUGUAUUUGUAUUCAUAUAAAGCCAUAAUCAAAAUAUUGUGAACAAAAUUAUGUUUUUGUGGAAAAUCUGAGGAACUGGCAAAUGCGACUGAGAAAAAAAAAAAAAAAUUUUUUUGUACUGGUCAUAAAAAUACAGCCUCAAGAUGAGUUCCCAAAAUUUUUGUCCGGUUUCUCAAUUCAACAAAAACAUUUUGUGCCAAAAAGUUAAUUUUGGACCCUGCAUGUAGAAACUUUAUUAAUGUUUUCAAAACAUUUUAACUCUAACUCACAACUAUAGACUUGCUUAUUAGAUUAAGCCCAAUCAGUAGUGAUGUUUAUAAAAGUAUGUCACAUUUAUUUGAACCGGUAAACAUGACACUGAUGAACCAAGAAUCGAAGAGAGAGCAUUGAAACUCUUGCUCCCAUAUUGUCGGACCGCUUUUUGGGAGUUUAACAAUUUUGCCUCUCUAAUUGCAAGCUACCAUUUUUUCCCCCCUUUGGCUGCAAACAAACAAAAAAGCUUUUUCGCACUGAAUCGAAGCUCAAAUAGGUUUGACAGCCCUUGAGGAAGGACUCCGUGAGAGCCUCAAGUCGUAAACACUUAGACAGACCUCAAGGCAGCUGAACUUCACGAAAGAAAUGCCCUUCGUUAAACAAAGAAGUAGAGCCCUCUUUGCAGAGAAAUACAUUAUUACAUUUGACAUAGGUGAGGCUUUGAAUUUUUAUUAAAAAAGAUGGCAAAUAAAUUUUAUUAAACAUGUCAGUAACUUCAGUAAGUUUAAAACUGCAAUAGACGGCCUCAUACAGUGCUCUCUCUUAAGACAAGCAGGUGAAACAAGUAAUGGCCUCAUUUUGGCAGCGUUGGGAGAACGUUGGGAUGGUGAUGACCCGGCUUUGCGGAUCAGGAGCUCAAGCAAGGAUGCAUGGAGGAGAAGGAAACCCUGAAGAAACGCAGUCCCAUCCAUCCAGCAGGUCUGCUCCCUGUGGUCCAGUGCUCCAAUUUCAGCAAUCUGUUGGGAGCACCAUGGCUUCCUCUCUCUCGAUCUCCUUCUCCCUCCCAGACCUACUUCCAGCUCUGUGUGUGAUCAGGCUCAGGGAGAGAAAGCGGUCUUUAGCGCGGUCUCACCACUACAUUCUCUGAUACUGAUAUCACACUCCCUAAACUGGAACGUGUUUGUCUUGUUACGGGUCCAAAUCAAAAUUUGUUAAGAGUCCAAAAUUAACAUUUGGUGAACAAAUGUUAAAUAGGAGUAAAAUUGUCUUUGAUAUGUACAGUAGAUAAAAUUAUUGGGAACUGGUUAUUAAGAUUGGGCUUCCAAAUAUAAAAAAUUUGAAUAAAAAGUAUAUAAUUAUUAUAAUAUAACAAACAUUUAGGGCCAGAUUUACUAAACAAGGCAAAUUAGCACAGGAACACACUUCCAAAACCGUGCCAGAGGGUGUGGAUUUUUCUGCGAGUGAUUCAUUUUAAUACUCUCCCCCCAUAAACUUAGCAUCUAAAAGGGAAACUCCUACAAAUGCAUAUUCGGUAUGAUCAGGUGUCCUCGCUUUAUUCACUGCGUGUCUUUUAAUAUCCUGACACUACUAUUUUAAUGCCAAAAGUUGGUUUGCGCUGACGCAAGCUGUUAGUAAAUCUGUCCCUUAUUGUAAACAUCUAACAUUACUGUUGAUUUAAUUCAUGCUAAGGAUCCUUUGCAUGUUGUUCUAAUAAUAUACAACUUUUUUUUAAAUUAAAAAAAUACAAUAAAAAACUCAGAUUUUGACGAUUUCUUUUUCCAUUUGUAUAUCGGUUUAGUUCAUGCAUCCAUCACGUACAAGGCAAACAGUUCAUUUUGGACCCUGCUUACGGUAUUUCAGAACGACCUCAGGAGAGCAGACUGCUGUUAGUCAGCCAAUUUGAGUCAAUUCAGCCCUCGAUAACUGCGCUCAGCAAUACUGUUCAAAUGCGGGGUGGGUGUCAGUUUGUGACUGGUGAAUGUUAAAUGCGUGUUCCCAGAGGCAGGAAUUGUCCUUGUUCCUUCCUGAGCCUCUCUUGUGUCUUUGACACAUGACUUUAAACCACACGUUUGAGCCAUGACGCUUGGAGGACGGAGAUAUAAACAGACUUGAAUAUGCGGGAUCAUGAGUAGAAUCCGUGCAAGAGCGGGGACUUGUGGAUCUCGAGUGACUCAAUCAUUAACAUGACUAUAUGUGCCAUCUCAUUUCUGACUUCAGAAUUCUUUAUCGUUGAAUAGAUAUUUAUUUGGCCUUAUUUAUUAUGUAAAAUUGUAAAACGACUAUCAGCUUAUGCUUUAAUUUGUCUGUAUCAAUGCAUAUAAAACUGUCUUCGUUGCAGAUGCUGUUGCUAUGCUGAAAUCAUCUCUUACAUCAUUUAGAUUUUCUCUUUUUUUUUUCAUCAGUAUGUACAGGGUUUGCAUAACAAUGGCACCUUUAAGAGAUUUCAACCCUAAUGAGAUUCGAAAUGACCUUUAUCUGUAUCUUUUCUCUCACUGGUGGUUUUCAUUAAGAUGUUCUGAUUUUCACUGAAUGUAAUAUAUUCAUUCAUUAAAGACUGAUAUUCCAAAAACGAAAUGGUUUUAAUAUACGCAAGCCCUGGUUUUGGUUGUUAAUAGGAUGGUUUCCACAUUUAACGUUUCUAUUAACUGUUUUUCCAGCACUGCUUCUUUAGUACACCUGCUCCUUCAUGUUAGACAUUAUUUUUAAUGUUCGAGGAGGGUACACUGUAAGCAAUGUUACUGUUUACAAUCAUCAUCUCUGGAAACUAGACGUGAAAAUGCUAUUGCUUUGAUGGCCUGCAGCG